AUGAAAAUUUUGAUCAUCUUUAUUGAUUCUUUAUCUAGGAACAUGAUGUUGAUACACAAGAAGUUUGCUGCUUUUCUUCUGCGUUUUAAUAAGAUAAGCACCAUUUUCUUAAAUCAAAUUCCACGUAUGAGCUUAAACAUCGCCAUAGCAAUCUACGCUUUCCCCGGGGAGGGGGUGGAGAGACAAGAGAUCUACAUACAGAUGAGUUGGAAAAUAGAAAAUAAAUUUCCAUCGCCUUACGGUCGUAAAAUUCAUGAAGAUAUGCGGGCGAGCGUAAAAUCCAACAAAACUUCUCAAAUGGAAUUUUCCUUCACUAGUCACGGAGCUUGGUUUGGGUUGAGUUGGGUUUGCGUGGGUGGACGGCUUUCACCACACCUCACACUCCAAUAA